AUGAAUCUCUUCUGUUUUUCUCUGGAAGGUUCUAUGGACAGCUUGUAUGAGCCAGUGCCAGAGCAACAAAAUAAUAAAGAAAAUGCCUACCCAUCUACCAAUACCUAUGAGAAAAGUGGACAGUCAAAAAGAUUUUCAAUGGUUACAGAAUUAGAUGAAAACCAAGUGGAAUCAAUGGGCACAUUACAAAGACUUUGGAAGUUGGUUGCAACCAAGAAGACCAGCAUGCAUAGCUUGGAUGAAUUGAAUCAUACAUUGAAAACUCUCAGUUCACCACAAAACAGCAAUCACUCAGAAGAGGAAGAUGACACUUUUAUUUCAUGCAUGAAACUAAUGAAAUCCCAAGAAAAGAAAUUUUGUAAAGAUAACACAAUGAAAAAUGAAGAGACUGAAAGUAAAGUGAAUUUUAUUUCUCCAUCACUGGGAAAAUCUCUUACACCUAGAUCAAGCUAUUUGGAAGACAGUUCAACCCAUUCAGGAAGUGAAUUUCAAUUAUGGACUUUCAAUGACUGGAAGACAUCUACAGAUGAUCAUCUCUCGCCCUGUGAUUUUCUGAUUUCUCAAACUAGAAAAUGGGGAAGCUAUACUUGCUCAGCCCACCACUCAGUACUUGCUUCUUCGCUGAUAGAUAUGGAUCUGCCACAUUCAUGGAAAUCAUCAACGAUUUCCUUAUUCAAUAAAUUAGUGUCUAACAUUCUCCAGAAGCCUCAAUCUGCAAAUGAAAAAAAUGAAGUGGAAGGGAUAAAUGAAAAUAGAGACCAAGAACGAAACAAAACUCCAAAUAAUGGUGGAAGUCUUGGCAAAAAAAUGAGGGCUAUUUCCUGGACCAUGAAGAAAAAAGUUGGUAAGAAGUACAUCAAAGCUCUUUCUGAGGACAGGAAUGAAGAGGAUGAAGAAGAUGCCUGCUCAUAUAGAAAUAGUGACCCAGGAGUUGUAGCCUAUAUGGAGAAAUUCCCUCUCAAAGGCAGUGACUCCAUGGAGAGUAUAUACAGUGGUCAAAGUUCAUCAAGUGGAAUAACAAGCUGUUCAGAUGGAACAAGUAAUAGAGACAGCUUUAGACUGGAUGAUGAAGUCUUGUACACUGGGCCAUUCUGUGGCCGAGCCAAAGUACAUACAGAUUUCACACCAAGCCCUUAUGACACUGACUCACUCAAAAUUAAGAAAGGAGACAUUAUAGACAUUAUCUGCAAAACACCAAUGGGUAUAUGGACUGGAAUGCUAAAUAAAAAAGUGGGCAAUUUCAAAUUCAUUUAUGUGGACAUAAUCUUGGAAGAGGAAGCCACACCAAAGAAGAUAAAAGCACACCAAAAAAGUAAAAUAGCCAAACCCCGAACAGUGCAGGAGUUCCUAGAGAGGAUUCUUCUUCAGGAAUAUGCUUCAACACUUUUGCUAAAUGGUUAUGAGACGCUGGAAGAUUUAAAGGAUCUAAAGGAAAGUCACUUGAUUGAACUGAACAUUAAAAACCCAGAAGAUAGGAAGAGGUUGCUAUCAGCAGCUGAAAAUCUACUUGAUGAUGAAACUAUAGAAGAGGAAACUGAACCUUCAUCUCUGUCUUUAAAUCCAGAUGUCACAUUUAACAAGUCACAAAUCAGUGAAUGUCCCAGAGAUUCUGGUUGUUUUAUCUCAUCAGAAAAUUCAGAUAACAGCAAAGAAGAUCUGGAGUCUGAAAAUUUGUCUAAUGUGAUAAAGAAAAUUACUAUUAUAGAAUCGAAUGAUUGA